UUCCCCUGCAAAUUUUUCCAUAAAAAGGGACACUGUUCUAAAGGAGUGGACUGUAGGUUUUCUCACGACCCACUUAAUGACAUCACCAUGAAAUUGUUGAAUGAGGUAAUGGAAUUAGAAAUGGAGCUUGCUAGGAAAACUGAAGAGUCUUCAGUUCAGCCAGCGACAGAUGAACCAGAGGUCAAACAAGUUACCAAACCUGAUAUACCUGAAGAGUCAAAUAAGGGAUCUGAUAAGUUAGUACAGCCCUUCAGGUUUAACUUCUAUAACAGCGCUGACUCAAAUGCUUAUAAUAAGGGAACUUGUCCGACUGAAGGCGUGGUGGAUGUCACUGAAGAAGAUGCCCGGCCACAUAAACCAGUGUGCCAGUCUCCAUUAAUUAACCUCUGUCCUGAGCCACCUGUUUUAUAUUCCGUUGAAGCGGUGCUGGAACCUCAGUUGUCGAGUGUCUUCAAAACACCCAGGAGUCAAGGCCAUUCAACCCUCUCUGUCUCUCCCACUUCCUCGGGUUGCAACGGAUCAGCAAACCAUUGCGAUGUCCCUUACGCAGUUAAUGUUGUCCUCGGGUCAUCUAAAUCCACAGAGAGCUCUACUUCGGUUAACACACCUACCACUGCUGCGCCAAUGCCACAGGUCAUAUCAUAUACUCCAACAGUUAAACAGAGUUCAGUUAGCCAAGAUAACAAAGCCUCAGAUUUAUUACCUACGAAAAAUGAAGCUAACAAAGUGCUGAGAGAGACUAGGAAAAAGACAUCAGUCCUCCAAGUGGAUCGGGUUAUUCAUUGUGACAAUACACCAGUGCUUGCUACGUCCUCAAAAAUCACCCAAGCAGAGAAGUCUGCAGAAUACAUAACAGGACCCUCAAGUUGUAAGACCUCUCGUUAUUUUCUUAGAAAGGAAGAAAGCCAGCAACUAACAACAGACAUUUCAUCCUCUGUAGACUGCACUCCAUGUACAAAGUCCCGCAGGAGUGGGUUUCAAAGUCUUUUUUCAUGCCACCCUAGUCGGUUAUCUACUCCAAAACACUCCCCACCCUUCAAGUCCCAUCCAUUGUAUGUGACAAAUGAUAUUCAUACUCUUAGUCUCUCGCCUCAGAGGUCCACACAGUUAAAAGAGAGUGCUGCUGUUGCUGCUGCACCUGUCAACACCUCCUCUCAUAUUAGUGCUUCUGGGAAACCCAACGAUCACCUUCCUUUGCAGUGUCCAUCCAAAAACACACCUUCUGCUUUCAAUUCUGGGGCACCACAGGGAUAUUCUUCUGGUAGAACCAUAACGCAGCAUAAAACUGAUUGUCUUGACCCGUCGGGACGUGGAUGUAAUGUAACCUUAAAAACACCAUUUAAAAGUCUUUUUGUGAGCAUUGUAGACACCCAGAGUUCAACACAAGAUAGCCCGACAACCUCAUCCAGCCCCCACCAAUGUACUCAGUCUGUCUCUGCUUCUCCCAAGUCUACUUAUGUCAAAUACCAAGAUUCUUCCAUUAAAAGAACUGCUGAAUCAGACAAGGCUUGUGCAAGGUCUCUGUUGAGCCUUUUUGCCACCCCUCUCAGUGAACUAGAGGCUCCUCUCGCUCUCCUCUCUCCACCAAGCGUGUCUCGGGGAAACCAUUCGUACAAGCCAAGAGACGCAGUAGCUCCUUUGUUAGACGCCGCUCAAAGUGAAGCUCCCCUUCCAAACCUUGUUACUGAUUGUGUCCCUCAAGUGCCACAAGCAUCCUCCUCCACAGAAAAUGACAUAAUAGUUGAUCCAAAGCAGCAAAACUUAAAGAAUCAAGAAUCAAGCCCAUAUAUAUCAGCAACCCAACAGCAGCUACCCGUCAUGCCACCCUACGUUGAUUCUUCACCAGCAGCUACUUCAAAUUCAGUCUUGAAAACACUCUUCUUGUGCCUGAGCCCGUAUCAACAAGACAGACAGUAAUUGGACGGUAUUCAAUUUGUUUUCAGUUACAGUAGAUAUAAAGUGGUAUGUUUCUUCUGAGUGAAAUUCAGGUCGGUGGAUUUGGAUGCCCACCAAAACCCGUUUGGAUUCCGCAACCCUCUCCCCGCAGGUGGAUGGAUGCCCGGGGCCACCGUCCCGUCUGCAACCCAACCCCCCACCCCCACACCCCACUGCUCGCCCAAUCAUUAAACUCAGAUAUUGUGCAAUGGAAUUCAAUAUAUAAAAAAAAAACAGGAGAUUUCCUAACCUGUUGUGUAAUGCAAAUAUUACAAUUUCUAGAUAAAGCAAAACACUAUCACUGGAUAAUGUGAACUCACCACUUUUGAGGUUGAGGACAGUGAUUAGAUCACUCUACAGAGAAACCUGUUUUAUUUUAUUUCCCCUUCAUACAAAAUUUUGCACAUUGAACAAAGCACUUUCUUGAGGGGCCUCAUUUUUCCUGGAAGGCAAGGAAGAGGGCUGGCUAAGUGCUCCAGUUCACACAUUGACUUUAAAAUUCAGUGUUUAUUCUAGGUGCAGUAAUGUGUAUCAUUAUUGUAUUUCUGUAUAUUGAAUGAGCUUUUAUAUCAUGUAUAUAUACGUUUUUCUUUAUGAGCUCAUUUUAUAGAGUAAUCUGAAUUAAAUGUAAUCUUGAAAAUCUAGGUGUAUUGCAGUGUGUCCAUUUUCUAUACCGCUUAUCCUGACUUGGAGCUGAACCCACACUGCCUGCACCAAAGUCAACAGAACUUACUACGACACCAUCAGUGAUUGCUGAAGGUGGAUAUAAGGAGUGACUAAAAUAUAUAUUUUAAAAAUUAUUUGUGAUGAUUAUUAACAAGUAAAGUUGUAUACAGGAUGUGUGGCCAUGUGAGAAAAUAUUACUUUGGGCCCUAAGCCUUUAAUGCCGCGAAUCCUUCAAUUUGUAAGUACCUUACAUCUUUCCUAUCAGCAUUUUUCAACAAACAAACCUUCAGUAUUUCAUUCCUUCUCAUUACUUUUGCGGUCACAAUUUUGAAGUCCUCUGGGGGGAAAAAAUGUCAUAUAUAUAUAUAUAUAUAUAUAUAUAUAUAUAUUGUGUGUGUGUAUAUGUCUCUGUGUCAUUAAAACACAAUACUGUUUGGUAUAAUUAAAUCAUAUAACCCUGACUCAAAAGGCUGAGUGACGAUGGCUCUUUUCAAUACGUGACAAUUUUAGACCGUACCGCACUCCUUUCAGUACGUGACAACUUUAGACCGUACCGUGCACGUGACUUGCGCACGGAAUCGACUUGUUAAUUUAGCUAGCUUUUAAAAGUAGUUUUUUUUUCUUUUCUUGAUUAUUUUUAUAAAAUUGAAAGAAGAAAAUGUAUGUGACCGCCCGUGAUGCCGGUACUCCAAAAUGCUGCCAGUUUGAGUAACGAGCACAGUAACUCAUUACUUUUCUCGGGAAAGUAGUCGGGACUCCAGUAACUUCUUCAGAGCAGCAAUAGUAACUUAUCGUCAUUUAUGUUUCUCGCCGUGUAACUAAGUUACUUUUUCAAGGUAACUGUGGCAAGACACAUGAUUGGACCUCUUCUACAGGCCGUUUACCAUACUGUUUGAUUGCUUUUUAAAUUGUUUGCAAUAAAGGUUCACGCAAGAAAAAAAACCUGCAGUUUGUAGUCCUUUAUAUUGCGGCUUUGUUACUGCCAAACGAUGACCUAAUGAGCAGUGCUAGUCAUUUCGUCAUUUAAAAGUUUUCUUGCAUAUAUGUGCUUUUGUAAUGUAUAUUAUAAAUUCGCUGGGUGAAAUUGGUGAGGGAGGGUGUGCAUAAGUUGGUUUGUUGAUAUUAGGGAGAAAGUUAGGGGCAAAUGCGACUUCUCCUUGGUGAAGUGAAGCUAGCUAGCAUGCGGAGGGCGACGCAAUCAAGCACGAUUGAGCUUUUUUUUUUUUUUUUAAACCCGACUGGACAUCGUCAUACCUUUUAUAGACGUACUCAAGGUGAACUAAUUUGACCAGCAGGUUUAUUUGCUACUGUGUGUUCAAUGUUGUGCUCGAACGAGUAUUUUUUAACGGCAGAUGAACCAAAUCUCGUGUUUUAUCAGUUUGAAGAGGAAACGCUGCUUCUUGGCUGUCAGUUGAAAGUUUCUAGUGAAUCACAUCAAUGACAGAUGUCAAAGAAAGGAUGGAGAGCGAUGACCAGCAGAAUGAAAGGCUCUACGCAAAACAGUCUGUGGACAAUGAGCCUCAAUCAUUCCCGAAUACCUCAGAAGCUGGGUGCACCACAGAGGAGGAGGAAGCACUCAUUAAGAACUAUGAAACAUUAGUACAGCUAUUCAAACAGGAGCGGUUGCAUGUCAUGGAAAUGUGGCAGAAAGCAGCACAAGAGGUGGGACAAUUCCAGGAGCUCUACCACAAGGCUUUCAGUGAUGGACAGCAGGCAGAUGCUAUGACACAGAAGUUGCAGAAUCAGCUCGUUCAAUUCAUACGGCAGUCAUGCAAACUCAAAGAGAUCAAUCAGGAAGUGCAAUUGACCAACAAGCAUCUCCAGAUGACAGAGAAAGAGCAGAAUGACGAGAUAGAGGAGCUACACAGCCAACUCAGAAAGACUAAUUAUGAUCUGCGAACUGCCACAGACAAAAUGGAUGAAAUGACCGAACAACUGGAAUGUCUUGAGCGUCAGCUAAAAAGAAAAGAGGAUGAUGUAGCAGAGGCUCAGUGCCAUGGGGAAAAACAACUCCAACAGCUUCAGUCAAUCAUCAGACAGCAAGAAGUAACACUAAAAGCUGUGCCAGAAAAUGCUUUGGAAGAACAAACUGUCUUGGAGACAAAGCUCGGUACCCUCCAGGCCCAUUGUGCUCCCCUUGAGCAGGACAAGUAUGAGGGUCUGAACAAAGUCCACGGGUGUGUGCAGGUGGCUGAGGCUUCGGCCCGAGUAAGAGAGAGGCAAAAGACAGUGGAUCUGGAGAACAAAGAUAAGGCCAUCCAACAGUUCAUCCAGGAAGCUGCUGUUCGUGCCAGGAAGGAGAUAGAUAAUGUGCGAGAGCAGUGCAACGUUGAAAUCCAAGAAAUAGUUGAUGAGCUGUCCCAUUUGCAAAUGGAGUGCACAAUCAAAGAGUAUCAGAUUGAGAGGUGCAAGCAUGAGAAAAAAGCUCUUGAGAAGGAAUUGGAGAAGGUGACUAAGUACCGGGCAGAGCAAGACCUUGGAAAAAUCAUUGCCCUUCACCAGAGGUGUCUAAAUGCAGAGAGGAUAAGAGACGACAUGAGCGCCACUCUGCAAAGCACACAAAGCAAAGUAAUGAAGUUUGAAUCCGACAGCAAAGAAGAGCUGUCUCGCAGCCAAGCGGAAAUACAGCGUCUACAGAGCAGUUUGGCUGCAGCUUGGGAGGACUGUGACACUAUCAGUGAGGAGCGACUCCAGCUACAACAGGAGAACUUGCAGCUCCACAGGGAGAUGAAUGAGCUGCAGAGAAGUACCUUGCUGAUCCAAAAUCAGGCUAAAAAUCGGAUAUUGGAGAUGGAGCAAGAGUGCAGGUUAAAGGAGCAGACAUUUAACGCAAAAAUGAUGGCACUGGAGGAGAGAAGCCAUAACUUAAAUGCUGAUCGGAUGCACCUCCUCACAGCACACCAGAAAAGCAUUCAACGCUCGAAGGAUGAGGCCGCAAACAUGACAAAGGCCUUUGAAGCCAGGAUUCAACAGCUCACGACAGAGAUGAAUCAACACAAACAGAGAUUACAUGAGGUAGAACUACAGCUCAGAAAUAAUCAAGACACUAUGACUGAGUAUGGGAGUCAGCUAGCAGAGUAUCAAGAGAAGUCGAUUUGCCUACAAAGACGAGUAACCGAUGCCGAGCAAAGGGCUGCGACUGCUACACAACAACUGCUCUUGCAUAAGUGA